GCCCCGCCCGUGGCCUCCCUCGGCGCCGAACUCCUGGGGAAGAUACUCCGCCGCCUCCCCGACAUGGCGUCGCUCGCCAGCGCCGCCCGCGUCUGCAAGCGCUGGGGCCGCGUGGCCUCCGACCCGGCCGUCUUCCGCCGCUUCGGCUCCCUCCGCAGGCCCCCGCUCGUCGGCGUCCUCGUCACCGACCGCGGCCGCGAGAAGUUCCCCCUCUACUGCUCUGAUAUCUGCUUCAUCAAGGCCCCCUCGCGCAACAACCCCGAGCUGGCCUCCGCCGCGGCGAGCGGCGACUUCUACUUCAUGCACCACCCCGACGUCGACGACGACGACGAGUGGCGCCUCUGCGGCUGCGACGGCGGCUUCCUCCUCUUCUCCCUCGGCCGCUACAGCACGGACCUCGCCGUGUACGACCCCAUCGACCGGACCGCCGUCUUCUUCAAGCCGCCCCACGACUUCCGCCCGUUCCGCUACGCCAUCGUCGCCGACGAGGCCGACGCCUCGUUCCUGGUCAUCGCCAUACAGCCCGACCCCUGGGGCGACGACGCCUCGGUCGUCUUCUCCUCCCGCACCCGCAGCUGGGCCGAGAACGGCUCGGUGCGCUACAGAUUUGCCUGGCCCCACACCGACGGCAUUGCCGCCGGGCGGUUCGCCUACUGGCGGUCCAACACCAAGAAGGACUGUUAUUGCGAAGCGAAGGAGGAGAUAUUGGUGGUUGACACGGCAACCAUGGCGUGGUCGUACAUGACUGCGCCGGUCGCGGUCGGGGAAUCGUACUGCGUGGCGCACAUGGCGGAGCACGGCUGGCUGUGCAUCGUGUCCAGCAAGGAGCAACGCGUGCUGCUCUGGGUCCGUGAUGCCAACGGUGGAUGGGUGGUCAAGAAGGAGGUCUCGCUGUUGAAUCAGUUUCCAUAUCUGAAGAAGCUUCGUCGUGAUCAGUGGAUGAAGAGGGUGCGCAUCCUGGCAAUGAGGGCUGGCUAUGUGUACAUGGAGUUCUGGUCCAUAAGGAAGACCGACUCCUAUCUUCUUGUGCUCAAUCUCAACACCGUCAAGCUGGAAAUGUUUCUCAACAAUGGGCUCAACAAUGAGGGCAAGCCUUACAGAGGUCCUGCUUUUCCGUUCUUCUUACGGAUGGCACAUCUGCCUGCCGCAGAUGAUGACGAGAAGCUUCAAGAUGCUUGAUAGCAUGGAGUAGGUCAAGUUUCUAGAAGUAACUUAAUGUGGAGCGUGAGGCAUCAUCCACUCAUCCUUUUGAAUGGGAACUGCAGCAGCUGUUUAGUACAUCUUUUUCCGAUUGACAUGGGAAUGGAAGCGUGCAGCUAUUUUGCAAGCCAUAUAUGGUCUAUUUUGCGAAAUAGCUUCAAUGUAAUCUGAAUUUAGUUCCUUUCCAGUUAUGAGACCUGUUUGAUGUUAGUUAAAUGAAACUUCAACU